AUGCUACUAUCUUCAUUUUGUGCACAAGGGUCAGGUGCUGCAGUUCAGGACUCUGCCCUUCGGACAAGCAUUGGCACCAUAUGUGUUCUGCCAAAUUGUAUGAACUUUUUGUUGUCACCUCCAUUCUCUGAGCCUGUGCACGUGCCAUUACAUGAACAACUGGCUAUUACUCCUCAGUUGGCAGAACAUUACACCCAGUUCAUAACACUAAUGACCAAUGCAUUUGCCACUCAUUGGAAUACCCAACUACCAGCAUUUUGGUCUCUGGUACCUCACCCUCAGGCAUUAGCAAUAGAUGCAUUCAUUGAUUUUGUUCUUCGAGAUCCACAAGAAACCAAAGAGACAGAAGAGGAAAUCCCUGCUCAUAGAGAAGAGUUAAUGGUGGUUCCUAAACCAUGGCAUAAAAGAUUUACAAUUGCUAGGAAAACAAUAAAACAACGUCUCCAUUUAUUGAACCCUUGUGUUUGUGGUCUACUACACUUAUGGCACCGAGACUAUGGAAGCUUGCGUCUCUUAGACAUCCCUUUUAUCAUGAGUAAAAAAGAAGCACUUGAUCUUUCUCAGUUUCAACAGUUGAUUGGAAAACAGUUGGAGCUCUCCCGUGAUGUACUUUUGAAAAGGUGGUUUACAGCUGUACAAAAUAUAAUUCAUCAGGGUAUCAAGCGGAAGCAUGUUCCACCUUCUACUAACCAGCUGCAUCUACAAUCUUUUUUUGACAAUGUUGCAAUGUUAAUGACUCUACAACUCCAAUCUCUCUGCAAGUUGUCUGUGGAAGAAUACACUGAAUUUUUAUGUACAUCUGAGGAAAGUCACAUAUUUAUUAUAAGAUUGAUUGCAGUUGGACAGCAGAUCAAACUUGAACCAACUUAUCAUGAUUUUGAAACAGUUUUGCUGGAUGUCUUUGAUUCUUUGCUUCAUGCUGUUAGCAUAAUUCCUCGAGUUGAAAAUCGUCUGAAUACAGAACAUACCAGAAUUCUAGAAUCCAAAUCUCCACUUCAGCCUGUUAUCUUAGAAGAAAUGAUUAUCUCUCUUAAGACACAGAUAUUAACUGUUCUCAAAGAACAAUUCCAGCAUCCU